ACAUGGCCGACAGUAAUUAUGUCAUAAAUGAGAAGAUUGUGCCCGGGUGGUUAUUGAACUCCCAGUCCGUUAAUAUAUAACAACGUCCAGAGAGCCGUUCGUAUGAAGGCUCUAGGACCCAGCAGUGAAGCAGAGGGUAGUAAGCGUACAAAGCACUAGUAUCUGUACUAAACUCCUGACAGUCAUGGAGCUGCCUUCCUUCCUCAGCCACCCAGUGUGGUUUGUGUGUUCUGUGGUCCUAGCUGUGGUGCUGCGUAUGCAGAGGAAGGGUAACUGGGAGGCCCGCAAGUGCCGCGCCAACCUGACCGGGAAAACCGCCAUUGUGACCGGAGCCAACACUGGUAUUGGUAAACAUGUGGCCUUGGACCUUGCCAGGAGGAAUGCCCGUGUGAUCCUGGCAUGUCGUAGCCGUGAGCGAGGAGAGAAAGCACUGGCUGAGAUCAAGAACCAGACCGGAAACAAGAAUGUCAUCCUCAGCAUUCUGGAUACCAGCAGCAUUGCGUCUGUCCGAGCCUUCGCUGAAAGGAUCCUGAAGGAAGAGAAGAGACUGGAUAUCCUGGUCAAUAAUGCUGGGGCCUCCGGACUGCCCCAUGGCUUGACUCCUGAGGGACUGGAGGUCACAUUCGCCACAAACCACCUGGGCCCUUUUCUGCUCACUCACCUGCUGCUGGACCUCCUGAAGCGAACAGCCCCGAGCCGCAUUGUCAUCCUGUCAUCAUUCAUGCACGGACAAGGUAACAUCGACACCAGCAACAUAUGGGGCAAGAACCUGGAGAAGAACAAGCUGAACGACACCUACAACUGCACCAAGCUGAUGAACACCAUCUGGGCCAAGGAUCUGGCCACCAAGCUGAAGGGCACCGGAGUGACGGUGAACAGUGUGAACCCCGGGAUCGUCGUGACUGAGGCCAUGAGGAACUACAGCUUCAUAUUACGAUUCAUCUUCAAUCUGGUCGGAUUCUUCUUCUUUAAGACCGCUGAAGAGGGGGCCGCCAGCGCCAUUUAUUGCUCUGUAUCAGAGGAGGCCGAGGGGCUGACAGGAAAGUUCGUGGACAGUGACUGCACUAUUGUGCUGCCCUCCGAGAAGACGCGGGAUCCGGCUGUCAACAAGAAGCUAUGGGAGGCGUGCGAAUCGGCAACUAACCUCAACGCUUAUCAAGGAAAACUAUCAAAGUCUCGCUGAACAAGACGUGAAGA